AUGGGUUUUGUAACCUGGACAACUCCUUUAAGGUUAUUGAAUAUAGCCAUACAAGUGAACUCAAGUCAUACAACUGUGAAAUAUUUCAUUAUUAAAGGUAUAUCAGAUGUACCUGAGAUGCAGGUUCUGAUCUUCUUAUUGGUGUUUGUCAUUUAUCUCAUCACUGUUGGUGGCAACUUGACCAUACUCCUAUUAAUCUGCCUGGACCAUCAUCUCCACACUCCCAUGUACUUCUUUCUGGGCAACUUAUCAGUGGUAGAUAUAUCCUGCUCCACCAUCACUCUACAUAGAAUUCUUCUAAGUUUCCUAACAGGAGAUAACACCAUCUCCAUUACCGAGUGCAUGGUACAGACAUAUAUGUUUGGUUCCUUUGCUGGUCAUGAGUUAUUUAUAUUAACAGUCAUGAGCUACGACCGCUAUGUAGCAGUCUGUAACCCUUUGAGCUAUCACAUGGUCAUGAACCGCAGGACGUGUGGUCUUUUGGCUUCUUUUUGCUGGGUGUUGGGUUUUGCACAAACAAUUUCGCUUGUUUUGAUUCUCUCUAGUUAUGCAUGUUACACUUCCAAUGAAAUUGACCACUUCUUCUGUGACAUCAUCCCUAUGAUGAAAAUGACAUGUAGUGAUACCUCUGUUUUGGAAAGGUUGUUCUUCUUCCAAGGACUCUUCCUUCUAACUGUUGCUCCAUUUGUUCUCACCUUCAUGCCUUAUGUCUUCAUCAUUUUCGCCAUAGUGAAGAUUCAUACUAACUUUGGCCGACGUAAAGCCUUCUACACAUGUUCCUCACAUCUGACGGUGGUCGUGUUGCUGUACUCUACACUAGCAAGUCAAUAUCUUGCCCCAAACUCUAUUACCAGUUUGAGCUCCAAGAAACUUUUUGCUUUGUUCAACACUGCAGUUGUUCCUAUGCUCAAUCCACUGAUCUACAGCUUAAAAAACAAAGAUGUCAAAGAGGCUAUGAAAAGAAAGUUAUUUUUCUUCAAUCUCACCAGCUAA